GCCCGAAUUAGCACUUGUUUUGAUGUAUUUUAUUUUCCCCUUUCCUUUUCUUUUCCCUAUUACUUUCUAAUUUUUUUUUGUACUCUUCUGGGUUUCCGUUUUUACUUAUGAUACUCUUUACUCUCCUUCCCCCCCCACCUCCCUCCCCCUUCUCACCCAUUACGCUCAUGAUUUAUGACCAACAGAGUUAAAAUUGAAAAAAUGCGUCUCUUUCCCCAAUUGGACAGGGAUUUGAUGACUUACUUUACUUCCCGAAUGUUUCAUUCCAAUGCUGCUGUCUUCUCCUGUUUGUUGGCAUCGUUUGGUUGGGAGGAAGGGAUCCAGAUGGCCGUCUGAAUUAUUUUCCCCAUCAACAAGCAAGAGUAAUAGUUAUGGUUGCUAUUAUUAUUAUUAGUUGUGG